UCUGUUCCAUUUCGAACCGCCUGAUCAUGAACCCCCUUUGUUGGCCUCAAUUCAGGGGGGCAGCCCUUUGUUAAGAUAAAAGGGAGACCGCGGUGCGGGUAGAUUGUUCCAUUAUGACAAGCAGAAGCAUUGUGUUAUUCAGGCCAUUGUCUGAAAGGUGACCGUUCUUUCUCACAGACAGACUAUUUACAGCCUUAGCUCUUUUUUCCUUCGCUACUAUUAGUCUUUCCUUCUAAUUCUUCAACGAGUUGAUGCUCGUGUCGUCUGGUUGUCCUUCCUAUAGUAUACCCCAUCUAAAACGGUCUACCUGCACAUCGUUGUGUCUUUUUUGCUUUUCCAUAACAUCCAAAGGAACGUAACUCACACCCAAGAAGCCAUGAUUUGGAAAACACUCUCCUUGGCCCUGGCAGGCUUUCUGGCAUUGGCCGCUGCCACACCAGUGACACAGAAUAAGACUGACGAUAAUGUCGCUGACAAGCUUGUGUUCUGCCACUUUAUGAUUGGAAUCACUAGUAACCGUCAAAGCGCUGCCGAUUAUGAUGACGAUAUGAAGCGCGCGAAGGCUCUGGGCAUUGACGCGUUCGCGCUAAACAUUGGUGUAGACCCUUACACCGAUGCUCAGCUAAACUUGGCCUAUGAGUCUGCAGCCAAGAAUGACAUGAAGGUCUUCUUGUCAUUUGAUUUUAACUGGUACAACACUGGACAGGCCAGUGCCGUGGGUGCAAAGAUCAAGCAGUACGCAAGUUUACCGGCCCAACUUAAGGUGGACAAUAAAGUCUUCGCCUCAUCGUUUGCUGGUGAUGGCCUUGAUAUCCCUGCCCUGCAAUCCGCUGCUGGUACGGAUGUAUUCUUUGCUCCGAACUUCCACCCUGGAGUGGGGGACUUUAACGCGAUUAAUGGAGCACUGAACUGGAUGGCCUGGGAUAAUAACGGAGAGAACAAGGCACCGACCCCUGGCCACAAGGUUACUGUUGCUGAUGGUGACAAGGCAUAUGUUGAUGCCCUCAAAGGGAAGCCUUAUAUCGCACCUGCCUCUGGUUGGUUCUUCACCCACUUCGGGGGUGAGGUACCCUACAGUAAAAACUGGGUCUUCCCAUCGGAUCUUUUGUGGUACGAUCGCUGGCAACAAAUCCUGACCCUCAGCCCUCGUUUUGUGGAAAUAGUCACCUGGAACGACUACGGCGAGUCUCACUAUAUUGGGCCACUGGCUUCACCGCACACGGACGACGGUGCGUCGAAAUGGGUAAUGGAUAUGCCACAUACUGGCUGGCUCGAGAUGUCAAAGCCCUUCAUAGCCGCUUAUAAAGCCGGAGACGCAUCAGUCGACAAGUAUAUUACCGACGAAAAAUUGAUCUACUGGUAUCGACCUACCCCGAGAGAUGUUAACUGUGACUCCACAGACUCUACCAUGGACGGGAGCCCGAACAACUCUAGUGGCAAUUUCUUCCGGGGUAGGCCUAACGGAUGGGAGACAAUGGAAGAUGCAGUGUUUGUCGUUGCACUGCUCAAGUCACCGGCUACAAUUGCAGUCACCUCAGGGAAUAACAGUAAGACAUUUGAAGCUCAAGCUGGGGCCAGCGCCUUCACCGUGCCAAUGGGGGUCGGUAAGCAAAAGUUCGCAGCUACGCGUGAUGGUAAGAAAUUUAUGGAGGAUACAAGCCUAAAGGAUAUUGUUAAUACUUGUAUUUGUGGGCUCUACAACUUCAAUCCUUAUGUCGGUACAGUCCCAGCUGAAAGCACUAUUGACAAGCUCGAGCAAGCCGGCCUUGCUAUGCUCAGUCAAGGAUUGAAGGUACCGUGUCCCACCAACACUCUGGGAGCUAAUGGCCCUCGUGUUACUCCCUGAAAGGCACUUUGUUCCCUUCUACCGGUUGAUUUCUGCAAUGUUCACCCAUAUAGCUAUUUGAUCUUUCCGAUAAGUCUUCCUACCGUUAUUCAGGCAUUGGUGAUAUAUACGAGUGUGCA